AUGGCUGACCGAGACACUUUGCCUACGACGGUCAAGCCAUCCCAUUAUGCUCUUUCUAUUUCCUCGUUGGAGUUCAAGAACUGGUCAUUCCAAGGCAAAGUGACCAUCGAUGCCGAAAUCAUUGAAUCAACCAAGGAGAUUGUCCUCAAUGCCAUCGAACUUAAGCUAGGUUCCGCCAAGGUCACCGUCUCUCAGAGCAAGGCUUCACAGACUUUUGAAACCACCAAUUUCAGCUACGAUGAGAGAAAGCAGCGGGCUACGCUCACAUUCGCCGAGGAGAUCCCGGCAUCUCAGAGUGCAUCGUUAGAGAUCGUCUUUGAAGGAGUCAUCAACCAUGACAUGGCUGGUUUUUAUCGAAGCCAGUACAAGCCAACUGUCCCGGCUGCUAAGUCUGUUCCUCGGGACGAAUCCUUCCAUUAUAUGUUCAGCACCCAGUUUGAAUCAUGUGAUGCUAGGCGAGCAUUCCCUUGUUUUGAUGAGCCCCGGCUGAAGUCUACUUUUGACUUCGAGAUUGAGAUCCCAGAUGAUCAAGUUGCUUUGUCAAACAUGCCCGUCAAAAGCACCACUCCGACGACGGAAGGCCGCCAGAUGGUAUUAUUUGAGCGAACUCCGGUAAUGAGCACUUACCUCUUGGCUUGGGCUGUUGGUGACUUUGAGUACAUUGAAGCCUUCACUGAGCGUCGUUAUAAUGGCAAACAGAUCCCUGUCAGAGUUUAUACUACCCGAGGUCUCAAGGAGCAGGGCCGCUGGGCUCUCGAGCAUGCACCCAAGACCAUCGACCUCUUCUCGGAGAGUUUUGGUCUUGACUACCCACUUCCCAAAUCUGACUUGCUCGCCGUGCAUGAAUUUACUCAUGGCGCCAUGGAGAACUGGGGACUUGUCACAUACAGAACAACUGCUGUCCUGUUCGACCCCAAGACUUCUGAUGCUCAAUUCAAGCGACGAAUUGCUUAUGUCGUCGCACAUGAGCUUGCUCACCAAUGGUUUGGCAACCUUGUUACUAUGGACUGGUGGGACGAGCUUUGGCUGAAUGAGUCUUUCGCAACUUGGGCUGGUUGGUAUGCUAUUGACAAGUUCCACCCUGACUGGCAAGUCUGGGCACAAUUUCUCAAUGAUGGCACGGAGCUGGCAUUUACACUCGACUCCCUGCGCUCCUCUCAUCCCGUCCACGUCCCAGUCAGGGAUGCUCUUGACGUGAACCAGAUUUUCGACCAUAUCAGCUACCUAAAGGGAUGCUCUGUCCUGCGGAUGCUUGUCAAUCACCUUGGUGUUGAGGACUUCCUAAAGGGUGUUUCCAUAUACCUGAGUAAGCAUACCUACGGCAACGCCAAGACCGAAGCUUUGUGGGAUGGCCUUCGGGAAGCCUCUGGUGUGGAUAUUGAUGCACUCAUGGGCAACUGGAUCAAGAAGAUCGGUUUCCCAAUGCUUACCAUUGCCGAGGAACCUGGCCAGAUCACGAUUAAGCAGUCUCGCUUCUUAUCGACUGGUGAUGUAAAGCCCGAGGAAGAUGAUACUACUUGGUGGAUUCCCCUAGGCCUACAAGGGAAGGCGGGCACGAAUGAAGUUCAGUCGGUCGCCUUGACAGCUAGGGAGGAUACUAUCCGCGGCAUCGAUGACGACUUCUAUAAGCUCAACCACAACGGUACUGGCUUUUACAGAACCAACUACCCACCUGCUCGACUUGCCAAGCUCGGCUCACAACUCGACAAGCUGAGUGUAGACGACAAGGCUUCGAUUGUUGGUUCAGCUGCUGCUCUUGCUAAGGCCGGAUAUAGCACUACCCCUGCGUUACUCUCCUUCCUUGAGGGAUUUAGUGAGGAGACGAGCCAGAUCGUUUGGGACACAGCGUUAGGCUCUGUGAGUUACAUAAAGGCAACCUUUGGCGACGAUGAAACUAUCAAGACCGGAUUGGAAAAGUUUACCUUGAAGCUGAUCAACGACGCUGUCGAGAGAGUCGGCUGGGAGCCUCAGCAAGAUGAAGGCUUCCUCGCUGGCCUUCUACGCAAGAGGCUUCUAAUCAGCGCCGUCGCCAACAACCAUGCUAAAUCCCUUGAAAAGGGCCAACAGCUGUUCCAGGCCUGGAGCAAGGAUGGCGUCGAGCUAAACCCCAGUCUGCGCUCCGUCAUUUACCGCGCUGGUAUCAAGGCAGAUCCCGCCAAGGCCUUUGAUGCUUUGAAGAAGGAAUGGGAGACGACUGCAUCGCCAGAUGGCAGAGACUUUGCACUGUCAGCACUGGGCCAUAUUCGUGACGCGGAUAUCGUCACCAAUAAGGUUCUACCCUUCCUCUUCAACACCACCUCAGACACAGUUCCGUCGGGCGACAUGCACUCGCUCAGUGCCGUACUAGCUGCGAACUCGGCCGCGCGCCCGCUGAUCUGGGAUUACAUCCAGAACAAUUGGGAGAAGCUCACGGAGAAGAUGGCCAACCCUGUCAUUCUCGACCGCUUCAUCCGCUUGACGCUCGGCAAGUUCAACGACAUCAAAUACCUGGAGGAGAUCGAGGCGUUCUUCGCGGACAAGGAUACCGACAGCUUCAACCGUACUCUGGAACAGGUCAAGGACAACAUUCGCGGACGUGUGGCUUACCGCCAGCGUGACGCCGAGGUCAUCAAGGAAUGGUUGUCUGCCAACAAGUAUACCUCCUAA